CCAUGAAACGUCGGGACGCAGCCUGGCUCCGUGCAUUUUGGUAUGACACCAGUUCCCAGCGCAUAGUUCUGAUCCGGACGUGAAGCUCUGAUUGGCUGGAGUGGGCAGGAGAUGGCAGAAGGAAGUGACGAAUCAGGAAGUGAGAUGGGGUUUGAAGAAGAUGGCGGGAGAGAUAGGAGUGUAUGGAAAAUACUAUGAUCGAGAAAACGGAAAAAGGGAAAAUAUACGGAAUAUAUACGGAUAUAGGGAAUAUCUAACACAGAAGAAACAGAUAGCGAGCAACAAAACAGGCAGAGGAACACAAAGCAAUCAUAAAAUUAUCUCAAGAAGGGACAACGUUUGAUUGUUACUCGCGUGCACAGCUCGCGCUAUACCACCAUGUCCCUUUAGGGGCGCCGUACCGCUACAGCCUGGCAGAGCGCAUAUAAACUGAGGUUUGAGUCCAGCGCGCGCAUAACGGUCGUCCCUGCUGAGAGGAUCUCCAGACAGCGAGUGAGUUUUCCUGAGUGUCCUGAUUCUUUACACCUCUUAUAAUGAAAUCCAGACGACGCUGUUCAGGAAAAUCUCCACAGACUCCUGCUGCUACUGGCUCAAAGAUGUACCACUGCUCAGACUGUGGGAAGAGUUUUACUAAAAGUCAUCAUCUCAAAGAUCACGAGCGCGUUCACACAGGAGAGAAGCCGUAUCACUGUGGACAGUGUGGGAAGAGCUUUACACGUCAGAGUAGUCUCCAAAUACACGAGCGCGUUCACACAGGAGUGAAGCCGUAUCACUGUGGACAGUGUGAGAAAAGAUUUACUCAUGAGAGUAGUCUCCAAAUACACGAGCGCAUUCACAGAGGAGAGAAGCCGUAUCACUGUGGUCAGUGUGGGAAAAGUUUUACUUGUCAGAGUAGUCUCCAACGACACGAGCACGUUCACACAGGAGAGAAGCCGUAUCACUGUGAACGGUGUGGGAAGAGCUUUACACGUCAGAGUAGUCUCCAAAUACACGAGCGCAUUCACGCAGGAGAGAAGCCGUAUCACUGUGGACAGUGUGGGAAGAGUUUUACUUGUCAGAGUAGUCUCCAACGACACGAGCGCAUUCACACAGGAGAGAAGCCGUGUCACUGUGAACGGUGUGGGAAGAGCUUUACACGUCAAAGUAGUCUCAAAAUACACGAGCGCAUUCACACAGGAGAGAAGCCGUAUCACUGUGAACAGUGUGGGAAGAGCUUUAUGCGUCGAAGUAGUCUCCAUAUACACGAGCGUAUUCACACAGGAGAGAAGCCGUAUCACUGUGGACAGUGUGGGAAGAGCUUUACACGUCAGAGUCAUCUCCAAAUACACGAGCGCAUUCACACAGGAGAGAAGCGAUAUUACUGCGGAUGGUGUGGGAAGAGCUUUACUCGGGAGAGUUGUCUCCAAAUACACGAGCGCGUUCACACAGGAGAGAAGCCAUAUCACUGUGGACAGUGUGGGAAGAGCUUUACUUGUCGGAGUAAUCUCCAAAUACACGAGCGCAUUCACACAGGAGAGAAGCCGUAUCACUGUGGACAGUGUGGAAAGAGCUUUACGCGUCAGAGUCAUCUCCAAAUACACGUGCGCAUUCACACAGGAGAGAAGCCGUAUCACUGUGGACAGUGUGGGAAAAGUUUUUGUGACCAGAGUGCCCUCCGCAGCCACCAACAGAGUCAUACAGGACAGAAGCCGUACUUUUGUGGACAAUGUGGGCGGAGCUAUACUCGUUCAAGAUCAUUAAGGACACACAAGUGCUCUAACAUAAAGCCAUCAGAUCUUGACGUGAAUUCGUCAAAUUAAAACAUUGUGUUUAGUUCAGCCCAUUCCUAUAAAAAAAAAAAAAGCUGUACAGUUUUGUAAAUGUGAAAAACAUUUUAUGAUUGCUAGGUUACAAUGCAUUUUUUUUUGUAUCUAGGCAAAUUAUUUCAAGCUUUGCAGAUGCUAUCAGAAGCACGUAUUUUAAAUGAGACUUGGUUGGAUUAGUGUGUUAGAUACAAGGGGAGAUUAAAGCUAAUGUAGUGAUUA